UCGUUUGGUCGCUCUGCCGCUGCCACCGUACCCGAGAACGAAGCCACAACAACCACGACAACAAAUUUAACGCAGGCGAGAGCUAAUAUUUGAAUCAAUUUAAAUAAUAGCCGUAUAAACAAACCGCAGAAACAAAAAACAAUUGCCAACGGACAGAAAAUGAAUUAGCCAGUCUAAUUGCCAAACGCAAUUGAAACAAAAUAGCAAAAUCAGUGGACAAACAACUGCCGGCUAAAAAGUGUCAGAAUUUGUGAAAAUUAAUAUUUCACUAGAGAUUUGAGUGCUACCAAAAUAAAACCAAACAAAAAGGCAAACAGACAGCACACUGCACACAGAACAGAGACCAAACAGGACCAAACAAAACUUUUCGCCAAACUUUUAUUUCGUACACACACAGGUUUUUUUUGGCCCAACGCGAUUUGUUCGCACAAAAUUAUGAAAAAUAUGUGAGAAGUGUGCAAAAUCCCAAAAAAACACUCGGGGAGCAAGGACCUGAGCGGCGGGCGUGCAAAAAGCGUAACUGAGAGCCUCUGGCAUAGGUCAAGCUCCGAACUCCAGUGCGAGAUAUAUUCUGGUCGGUCUCGGAAUCCCCGACGUGGUUCUUCGAGGACCCUACUCCCACGUACUCCCUGAACUCCAUCCUGGUGCCAGUGUCGGUGUUUUGAGUGUGUGCGUGGAAACCCGUGUAACGUGCUAAAAUAAGUUAAUUUAUUGCCGGGACAACAAUAACAACAGCAGCUCGCAGAGACAACAAUCGCCGGCAGUCAUAACAUUUACCUUGUUUCCCAGUUCCCCCCAAAAAAAGCUGGAUUAAAGCUUCCGAGUAAUCCCAACUACAGAGCCCAGAAGAAGCCCGAAUUCAAUUGACAUUUAUUGGCCAAUAUAUAUUUAUAGGGCCAAAAUCGAAGCAAAGGAGAUUCGAGAUAAAAAAAAAUCCAAAAGGGGAGGACACAAAUACACAAUACACAGAGACAACAGUAUAAACAUAUUUUCCAAUGGCGAAUACCACUAAACAAGAGUCGCCCAUCCGCAACAUGCAAAUGGCCAACAAGUGCAUGAGGCGGAGGGGAGGGGGCAAGGAAGUGGCCUCAGUGCCAUCGCUUGGACCACAAAAUGGGCGUGGCCGUUUCUGCUGGCUGGCCAUGAUUCUGCUCCUCAUGCUGGUGCCUGAUUUUAUUGUGGCACUUAAGGAUGUUUCGGUAAUGAUUCCCCAGGCGGUGAAACGUGGCAGCAACGCUCUGUUCACGUGUAAUUACGAUAUGGAGAAUGAUACUCUAUAUUCGGUGAAAUGGUAUAAGGGCAAGCGUGAAUUUUAUCGCUACACGCCCAAGGAGAAUCCUGCAAUGAAGGUCUUCGCCAUGACGAGUGGUCUCAACGUUGAGCGAAACCUUUCGAAUCAGAGCCACGUCGUGCUGCAGUCGGUUCCGUUGAAUAUUUCGGGUAAAUUUACAUGCGAAAUUUCCGUGGAGGCUCCCACAUUCCAAACAGCCAUGGUGUCCGGCGAAAUGGAGGUAGUUGAGCUACCGGAAGAGCACGCUGUGGUUACCGGGAUACAGGCACGUUAUCGCAUUGGCGAUUUGGUCGACGGCAAUUGCUCAAUUAAAUACUCCAAACCGGCUGCUAAUUUGACAUGGACUAUUAAUGGUAUUGUGGUACCACCGCACCACAUAAAGACGUAUCAGACCGAAAGGCGGGAGAACAGCACCCUGGAAUCUGUCACAAGUGCCAUACAUUUCAUGGUCACCAAUCAACAUUUUCUCAAGGGUCAGAUGAGGCUCAAGUGCACGGCCAAUAUCUUUGACAUCUUUAAGGAGGAAAUGGAGAGCGUCAUCGAGGAGGACCGACCCAGGAUAAUGGCUUCGGGCAGAUCGUAUGACAUCAACAAUUACCCACUCGAUGAGAACACGAAUGGCGAUAGGGGCUUCGAGGAUCACAAUGAAUCAUAUUUGACCUACUAUUCAGCGGAUAAUAGUGCAUCGGGCGCCGCGACAGCUGCGAACGAAAUCUUCUGGCGUUUCUGGCCAUCACGACUCUCGGCAACACUUGGCCAAAUGACGAAGCUCCGCAUCAACAGGCAGUUAGCGGGGGCAGCUGCUUUUUUCGCUGCUUUGGUUCUGGGCCCGCUGGCCCAUCAAAUUAUCAACUGUCAAUACACAAAGCCGGUGACGGCAACAACAGGACUGGGAACGGCAACAGGAAGGGCAAAGGUGCCACAAAAACGGCAACACCAACCCACGAAGCAACAUCAACAAAUGCCUGGAAGCAGCAACAGGGACGAAAAGGAUGUGACAGCUUCAAAGGCGCCACCAUUCGCAUCCGUAUCCACAUCCACAUCCACAUCGAGCGUCAAAUGCUUUUAUAAUUGUCAAAUGGCAAUGCCAACUGAAAAUCGCAAUCUCGUCCUGCACGAGGAUGAUGAUGAUGGUGCAGCGAAUAUUGAAAGUGCAACGGCUGCUGCUCCUCCUUCUGAUAUUGCUGGUGCUGUUGCUAGUGCUGCUGGAGUCGCGAGUUGCAGCAUUAAGCGGCUGUCAGCAACACUUAUGGGGAGUACGGAGGGCGUGGCCAGUUGGCUGGAUCAACGAAUAUUGAUGACUUUGAGGCGGCAGCCGAUGGAUGCGACGCAGACGCGCUGGAGCGCGUGCUGAUGCCGAAUUGAUGAUGAAAUCCAUUUCCGAAAGUAGCUUAAGGUGCUCGCCACGGCCCUUGCUUACACUGUGUGAAAAGUUGAAUGGUAUAAUUAAUAUAUUAUACAUACGUAUAUGCGAGUAUUGAUUGAAUUCGCCAGCUGCAUAAUUUGACCUGGCAGUAGCUCUUAAGUGUUAUACAUAAGGUCAGGGAUAUACGAAAGCGUGGUAUAUUUAAUUAUUAAAUUAUAACCGCUAAGUGGAAAGCUUAAUAACAGGAAAUACAUUUAUGUUAUGUUAAAAAAUUAAUACCUAGAUGGUGAAACCAGUUAUAAUUAAAACUACCCCGUAAAGU